CCCGCCCCGCGGCAGGCAGGCAGGCAGGCAGGCCAGGCCGGUGUGUGUGCGUGCGGGCGGGCGGCUCGGCGCCCCGAGCCCUCGGCUGCAGCAGAAAGACGUUUCGGUCGGCGCCGGGCCUCGGCGGCCCCCCGCCUCCCGCGCUCCCAGCCGCCCUCGGCGAGCCGAGCGAGCCCUCGGCGGAGGCGCGCGGCCGGCGCAGCAGCAGCAGCGGCGGCAGCAGGAGCCGCGCGCCCGCGGAGCCGCUGUCCCGCGCGUUGCGAGAGGCAGAGGAGGGAGAGGAGCGCGCAGGGAAAUAUCUGGACCAUGAAGGUGUCCUUCAGAUUGCUUCUCCCACUGGUUCUUGUGUUGAUCUCGGAGGUGAGCGGGCAGCGGAGGAAGCCUCCCCGGAAACCCACGCGCCCGCCUCCCGAGCCUGUCGAGCCCACUGAGCUGCCCCCGCCCCUGCCACCAGGUCCCCCCUCCGUCUUUCCCGACUGCCCCCGGGAAUGCUACUGCCCUCCAGACUUUCCCUCUGCCCUCUACUGUGACAGUCGCAACCUGCGGAAGGUCCCCAUCAUCCCGUCCCGCAUCCACUACCUCUACCUCCAGAACAACUUCAUCGAUGACCUCCCAGAGGAAUCCUUCAGGAACGCCACUCAACUGAAAUGGGUCAACCUAGACAACAAUCGCAUCCGGAAGGUGGACAGGCGGGUCCUGGAGAAGCUGGAAAACCUCAUCUUCCUCUACAUGGAGAAAAACCAGCUCAAGGAGGUGCCUUCCUUCUUGCCACCCAACCUAGAGCAGCUACGUCUGAGCAGGAACCAGAUCUCCAAGAUUCCUGCUGGGGUCUUCAACAAGCUGGAGAACCUGGUGCUCUUGGAUCUGCACCACAACAAGCUAAGUGAUGGGGUCUUCAACAAAAACACCUUCAAGGGACUCAAGAACCUCAUGCAACUCAACCUCGCCCACAAUAUCCUGAGGAAAAUGCCCCCUGGGGUACCCAGUGCCAUCCACCAACUCUUCCUAGACAGGAACAACAUUGAGGACAUCCCCAGCGACUACUUCAAGGAGUUCCCCAACCUGGCAUUCAUCCGGCUCAACUACAACCAGAUCUCUGACAAAGGGCUGCCCAAGAAUUCCUUCAACCUCACUAACCUGCUGGUGUUGCACCUGGCUCACAACAAGCUCACCAAUGUCCCUUUCAUCAGCUCCAAGCUGGAGCACCUCUACCUAAACAACAACUCCAUUGAAAAGAUCAAUGGGACGCAGAUCUGCCCCACAUCCCUGGUGUCCAUCCAGGACUUCUCACCCUCGGACCUGGACAGCGUGCCCCGGCUCCGCUACCUGCGGCUGGAUGGGAACCUCCUGAAGCCCCCCAUCCCCCUGGACCUGAUGAUGUGCUUCCGGCUCCUGCAGUCCGUGGUCUUCUAACCCUGCCAGCAGUGCACCUCUCCCAGGACUUGGCUUUGCACAGAGACUCGACCCCUGUUGGCGUUUGACUCUUGGGACCCUCUUUGCCUCCCUCUCCCCAUGUUCCCACCCUGCCUCUCCUUCCUUCUUGCAUUUCCCCCUCUCCUUGGUGGCCCUGGCAUAUAUGUUCCGGUGAGCCCUUGUCCACAGGAUGGCACCAUCCCAGGCCAUGGCAGGCACCUGGGCAGCACGGGAUGGGUGCUACCCUCACCCUGGUAUCCAGCUGGCAAUCCCUGUUCCCUGCCUUGCCCCCUGGCUGUCCCCAGGGCUCUGCGUCCCUGGCCACUACUGGGGCUUGUUCUCCACUUCCACCUGGUAGAGGUUUGGGAGCUUGGGAUUUGUCCUGGUUGAAAGUGCCUCGUGAGGGAGCUGAUGAGGGAGCUGUAUGGAAGUAGGGAGGAAAUGGGGAGCCUAGGACCAAGCCAUCCUGCGGCACCGUUAUCACAUGUUUCCAGAAUGAAGCAAUUUUGGCUCGAAGGCAGCAGUGCUCAGCUUGAGUGUCAAACCCAGCAAAGCAGGAAAGCUCAAAAAUCAGAUCUGCCUGGGGACAGCUGUGUCCUUGUUGCUGGUGUUGCAGGGAACUGGGUACAGCUUUCCCCCUCUGCCCUGUGCUGGAGGGGGCGAAUGGGGCCCUGCCGAACAUCCUGGGGAAAGAUGGAGGUUUGCUUGGCCUCUCCUGACUUGCUGCAUGACUUGGGUUGUCUCCUUGCUCCGGGCGCACCCCGUGGGCACGUUCCCCCACCAGCCCCACGGAGAGGCUCAGACAUCCCCGGGGAAAAGCCACGGCGGUGGUGGGGUUGGAGCAGGGCUGUCCUGCGGCUGACGUGACGAGGUGACCAACGGUCACCCCGCGGCAGCGGGGCGCCGAGCCGGGGACACGGGGCUGUGCUGGCCCGGCGGUUCCUGGGCGUCCGGCUGCAGGAGGCCCCGCGUCCGUCUGCCGCGGGCUCCUGCGAGCAGGGCUUCCCGCAGGCGGAGGCGCGGGCCUGGCGCCGUUCGGCAGGGCCGGCAACGACACCUCGUGGCCAGAGCCGCGUCCUGGGGUCCCACCCGAGUCCUCCCCCUUGGUCCCUUUAUUUUGGGGGGGGGGCUUCAAUUUGGAUUACUCUAGAGGUUGCACGGUGUUUUUUUUUUCCUCCCUCCUAUGGGCCUUGCUGUCAAUUUGGCAUGGAUAUUGGUGGGGAAAGGUCUCCGGCUCCUGCAGAUGGAGCUGGGGUUUGCUGUGCCAUGGGUAUGGAGAGCAGAUCCCACUUUCCCUGGAGCAAUUCCACACGCACCCUCCUUCGUGGGACCCGACCACCUUUCCUGCCUUCCCCCAGCCCUCGUUUUCUUCUCUCCCGGGGCUCCAACACGAGCUGUGCAGGCUGAGCCGGCCCCGGUCCCGCAGCCGUCCCCUCCUGCGUCCUGCCAGCCGUGCUGCAGGGCUCGGUGCCUCCCGAUGCAGCCCUCGCCCCCGGCCGCAGCUCGCUGCUCCCGCCGAGAGCCCCGCGGCGGGCAGGCCCCGACGCCAGCGGGCCCCGCGGCUGCCAGCGAGCGCCCCGAGCAGAGCCCGCUGCUUCAACAGCGAUGCUGGCGUGAAUCUCGCUCUUGUAUUUAGGUACCUGGGGCCAGAUGCUGGCCGUGGCGACGUGGGUGCAAAUCCGGGCUCUGCUGGAGCUGGGGUUACACCCGUGAAAUCUCCUCUCUGCUCUCGCAGCUCUUCUCCCCUUAUCACUCGACUCUAUAAAUAAUUUCACUCCUGGCUGCUUUCUUGAACAAACCACAUAUGUCUGGUUUUGGCUUUUUCUGGAAGAAGAAAAGAAAAGGGAAGAAUAAAUCUUUUGGAAAAGCUUUUUUUUUAUUCCCCUUCUCCACAUUUCCACAUGUAUCGUUUCCCUCUUUGAUAGCUGUACCUGCAUAUAUAGGGCGUCCGGGUUUAGGGGGGAUUAUUCUCUUAUUUUCUUCCUGAUUCUCAGGAUUUAGAUUGAAGGCCGAGCAUUAGAGGAAAAUAAACAAAUAAAUAAGUCCACCUGAAAUAUGCAUUAAAGCAAUUAAAGGAGCAGUUGCCUCCCUUGUGUUCAGCCACCAAAAAUGAGCCUGGUAGGAGGUAAGCGCAGACAGGCACCGAGUGUCGCGCUCCCUGGGAAAGGCAGCGGGCGCGGGAAUCUCCCUGGAGCCCGUGGGAAACACCAGCGCUUCCCCCCCUUGCCUUCCAGACGUGCCCUGCAUGCCUCGGCACUGUUAAUUAAGCCCCCGUGUUAAUUCAAGGGCGGCAGUUUUGGUAAAAGUCCCUUCUCCAUCUCUUGCUCCAGCAGGCUUUAUUGGGUUCGACAGGUUUCAGCCUUAAACCCGGAGAUCCUAUGUAUAUAUUUAUAUAUAAUGUGUAUAUAUACUGGUAGACUGUACAGAUAUAUCUAUAGACAUACUUAGUUCCUGACUGAUUUCAACUUAAUGGUAUUUUCACUCCUACUCUCUGCAGUGGUGAAAAUAAAAUGAUUCAAAAGGGACCCGGCGCUGUGCUCAGA